AUGGAUGAGCUUAUCGAGACGGAAGCCACAUUUUUGAAGUCUCUCGUUUUGCUCCGGGAUCAUGUCAUCCGCCCAUACCUCAAGAGAUGCAAGCAAAGUGGAGCCCGCUGUGCUCCUCUCGAGGCUCUCGCAACGUUGGCGUCUAGCGUCAUAUCAAAGCACAGCACUUUGAAAGGACUUAAGGGCCAAGAGCUUCUUAACCAAAUUAAAUGCAUUCUCGAAGAUACAGAAACAUAUGUUCAGUACUAUGUCAAUGCUGAUGCAUUCUCGUAUCUAAUCAUGAACUCACCGGUCGUAUUUACUCCAGAGUUCACUAAGUCAAUUGUUGAAAAGUUGGAAAAAGCCAACGCAGCUGACGAGAAUAACGCUAAGUUGGACCUCUCCGUCCUUCUGUUGGUCCAAAAACCGAUGUCUCGCAUUGUAAAGUACCAACUACUCAUUACUCUGUUAUCCAAGGCUAAUCCAGAUAACACUGCAGUAGCUGAAUGCUUACAAAGUGUCAAGGAUAGCCUCCAUCGGAUCAAUUCCGAGUUGGAAACAAGAUCAACCAAGACUGAGGUUGAUAUCACAUCGCUAGUCCGCUUCGAAGACACGAUUGGCAAAUGCCCUCAGUUUUAUGGUAAGUUGAAGUACGCUUCAGUCGCAAGCCUUACAUGGCCAAAAUUUGGGAGAGAUUGGUACAUGUCAGGCAAGAACUGGAGCAUGUCCAACACUGCCGCAUUGCUUCUUUUCUUCGAAAGCACACUAUGCAUUUGUGAGCUUAAGUCCCGCAGAAGAAAGAGAAGAGCACCUCUUCUUGUCAUACCGUAUGAUUCGUGUCAAUUCUUGAGUCAUUCAGACGAGUAUGACGGCGGGCUCACCAACAAGCAUGAAAGUUCUGUCAAGCUUCGUUUCGUUCGCAAGAACUGCGAGUACGAGGCAGUUCUAGGGUUUAUUAAUACCGACAUCAAAGAGGAAACAUUGUCACACGUUCCGGUGAUGGGGACGAAGAGGAAGAGAUACGGUGGCAUCGAGUGUUACUUACCAGAAACACUAGCACCCAGCGAUAUUUGCAUCAGAGCAAAAGACGUGAACAAGAAGAAGUACAAGCAAUGCUACUUCCGGAAAGUUCUUGAGCAUGAUGCCAAAGAUUCGUUGGAAAAAUACCUCAGCAAGAAAAGCGGCAAGGUGCUUGAAAGUGUCCUUGCGAGGUAG